CUGACCGGUUUUUCAGGUUAUAUCCUCCUGACUCUGCCGUCCAUUUACUACAAUCUGCAUGAAACAGGUGAAGAGGGACUGAGAAUCCACCGCACGUUUAGCACAAUGGAAAUAACAACUCGCUUGAUAUUUCUCUUGGCACUGACACAAGUGCCAACUCCACUUCCUACAGUGACUAACACCACAGCUGCUGCAACACCUACAACCGGGGCUAAAACUGGUGCUCCCAUAACUACAACCACACUGCCUCCAACUACAACUGUACAAUCCCCAACAACUACAGCUGCCACAAGUACUACAACGACUACAAGUACUACAACUGGUGCUCCCGAAACUACAACCACACUGCCUCCAACUACAACUGUACAAUCCCCAACAACUACAGCUGCCACAAGUACUACAACGACUACAAGUACUACAACUGGUGCUCCCGAAAAUACAACCACACAGCCUCCAACUACAACUGUACAAUCCCCAACAACUACAGCUGCCACAAGUACUACAACGACUACAAGUACUACAACCGGUGUUCCCGUUACUAUAACCACACCAACUACAGAGAGAUCAUCCUCAACAACUACAGCUGCCACAAGUACUACAACAACUGCAAGUACUACCACCAGUGCUCCGACCACUUCAACUACACCCCCUCAAACUACAAGUACCACAACUACUAUUAUUGGUGCUCCCAUAACAACAACCACACAGCCUCCGACUACAACUACUACAACUACUACUACAAAUAAAGCUGUCGCAAGUACUUCAAGUAACUACCUCCUGCUUCUGAAGAGUACGGACGCUAUCCUUGCUUACUCCUGCUGUUUCCUUCUUCACUUUGCUUUUUAAUUGUUUUUUUCUCCUCCAGCACUAGAAAAUGUUUCUUCUUAUGAUUUUCUUUCCAAGACUUUUAAAUAAUUUUUAAAUGUUUUAACAAAUCAUUACAAAUCAUGAGCCAGCGACAUGUUGGGGGGAAGAAACCAAGGAAUCCACACUGCUUAAAUAUGUCUUUUUUAAGAUCGGAAGACAAAAUUUAGUCUGAUUAUUGUUCUAGAAUUGUCUGGUAUGAGUUUUCAUUCACUGGGAGCAGAAGGGGAGACAAAACCACUUCUAGUUGAGACACUGGUGAACACCGGAAACCUUUUAACGGCUCAAAUUUCAAAUCAAAUCUAGUCCUAGAAAAAACGGAAUUGAGAAAUAGGAGUGUAAUGAUAUCCAAGUACGAUAUUUAUUGCGAUAUCAUGGGGAAGUUCAUGAUAUGGCAGGGAGGCUCACGAGUAGGGAUGUAACAAUAUCCAAAUCUCUCGGUGCGACAAUUCACGAUAUACAUCUCACAAUACGAUAUUUAUUGCGAUACUUUGUGGAGAUAACAAAAUUGUGAAUAUGCUACUUUUUCCUCUUAAAAUGCCUUGAUAAGACUUAACCCAAAGAACUAAGACUUAAAAGUGUUAGAACUGUUAUUUCUUCUUGUAGUCUGCACUGAACUGAAGCAAAGGAUCAUGGUCUAUGUAGUUCUCUGUAUUUUUUUUUUUUUUAGCAGUUGCUGCAUCAUUAACUCUUAAUUUAAGCAAAGACACUUGUAAUUCGAAUAUAUUUUGAUGGUCCACGAUAUUACUGUGAGAACUUUCACGAUAUGAUAUCACGAUAUUUUGGUUAUUGUUACAUUCCUAUUGAGAAAUAAUAAAACAUUUGUGAAUAUCAAUAUUAAAUUUCAAUAUAUCCAGUAUUAAAGACACAGAUAUGUAAGCUGAGCAGCUGAACAUGGUACAGUUUUUUCUGGGUUUUUUUGUUUUGUUUUUACAUUUUACCAAUCCAAGCAUCCUUGUAUAGUUUCAAUUUUAUUUCCUCAACUCUUUGACCGCACAUAUAGUUUUGGCUAAUAUUCUCCAACUCCAACUAAAGCCUUUGACAUAUUCCAAAUGUAGUCACUGAUGAGUUUCAAUUUCACAUGUUUGUACGUAGAAUGCCCAAAGUUUCCACUUGGGCCUCUUCAGAAAUUUCUCAGUAUGUCUUCAAGAGUCAAUGUUUCCAUUAAAGAUGUUGAUUUGUUCACAUUUUUGGGUGCAGAUUUAUGAAUUGUUUUGUAGUCAUCACAUUAUAAUUACAUGUUAACUUUUAAUAAAUUAAUAAC